AGAGCCUAAUAAACAAAUAUAUCAAUUUUGAUAUUUUUACACUAAAAUAUUGUGGAUUUGGUAAAACAGUAUAAGAAAAUAAACGUAUACGAGUAUCGCGUACUGGAUUGUUAGCUUAAUAAACAACUGAAGCCAAAUUUCGCGACAAAAUUUGCAAAAUAAAUUAAUUUGAUGUUUUUGGAAGAAAUAGAGCCUAAAUCGUUUAACGCCGUAUUAAUUCUUCUAGUACUAUGUUAUUAUUACCAAUAACCAACAGGGUUGUUUUGAUUUACCCCUAAAUAAUUGAGUGUGUUUACAUAGUAAUAGGAAUAUUAGCAUGCCACAAUCGGUAGGCGUUAAUAAUGAAAUUGUUAGAUGCGAUUGGGUGACUAAAGAUCCACUAUACAUAGAGUACCAUGACAGUGAAUGGGGUGAACCAAUAUACGAUAAUAAUGGACUUUUCGAAAUGUUAUGUUUAGAAGGACAACAAGCUGGCUUGUCUUGGAUAACAAUAUUGAAAAAGAGAGAAAAAUAUAAGCAAUCAUUUCAUAAUUUCAACCCUAAUAAAAUCUCAAAAAUGUCAGAGACAGCAGUACUAAAAUUACUAAAUGAUCCAGGAAUUGUUAGACACAAAGGGAAAUUAACAGCUAUUAAACAUAAUUCCGAUUGUUACCUGGCUAUGGAAAAUAAUGGAGAAGAUUUCUCUAAUUUUAUUUGGAGUUUUGUGGGACACAAGCCUAUUAUUAAUAAUUGGGAAAAUGUAAAAGAAGUUCCAACUGAAACAGAUAUUUCCAAAGAUCUUUCUAAAGCAUUAAAAAAAAGAGGAUUUAAGUUUGUGGGAUCUACUACUUGUUAUGCUUUUAUGCAAGCUUGUGGUCUUGUGAAUGAUCAUAUUGUUAGUUGUUAUUGUAGAAAUAGAGAUAACAACUUGAGCUUAAGAUCGAUUUUAGUGCUGGGUUGGAAUACAUGCCUUGUUAUAGCUUGA